AUGCCACCGCCGCAUUACCGUUCGGAGCAGGCGCUUCCUUGGUACUGCAAGAGCUGCUGCGGGCCUUCGGGGAGACCGUGGUGGAAUCAUGCAGAGGCGCGGCAGUGUGCGAAGUGCAAGCUGGGCAAGGGACUGGUCUUCCACAGCGUGCGCCAGCCCGCGGCCCCCUCCCAGCGGAAGAAGGGCAAUCAGGGCGGCAGCGGCAACGGCUACUGGGACGACUCCGUCAAGGUGGCCAAGCUCAAGUCCGAGCUCGCCGAGGCCCGCAAGCGGCUUGCCGCUGUGCAGAGGCCGCCGCCUGGCGGGGAGGACGUGCAGAUGGAGCCGGCCGCGGACGGAGACGGCCCCGAGUCCGUCGCCAAGGACAGGCUACGCGAGGUCGGCGACCUCAUCGGCAAGCUCAAGGGCAUCACCGAGCCGUCGGUCGUGGCCACGCGCGACAAGCUGCUGGCCGAGCAGGCCGAGCUGCGGGCUAGGGUGGCGGAGUCCCGACCGCUCGGACAGCGCUUGCGCGAGAUGGGAACUCAGUUCACCAGGCUGCAGAAGCUGCGCGACGACCAGCAGACCAAGCUCGAUGGGCUGCAGGCGCAGUUGCGCGACCUGCAGGAGAAGGAACGGCUCACUCGGGACAAGCUGGCGGCCCUCGACGCUAGCAUGGAGGAGCUGGACCAGGAGCGCAAGAGGCUUCAAGGGCAGGUUCCGACGCCUGGCGACAAGGCGUCGCUCGACGAGCCGAUCAAGGGGGUUGGUGCCACGCUCGAGGGCCUCGGGAUCUUGCUCCAGAGCCUGGGCGCCGAUCACCAGCUGUCGGGCAGCCUCACGGCGAGCUUCCAGGAGCUGCAGAGGUUGCAGGAGGAGGAGGCGGCAAAGUUGGCUGCCCAGAAGGCGCAGGCGGAUGCUGGGGCCGAGGCUGGUCCCGACGUCGAGCAGGCCGAGCGGCAGGACGACGCGGCAGCGCCUCGCACACCACAGCCAUCUGCCUUCUCCGACGACCCUGAGUUCAUGGAGGAAGUCGUUGCGGCUGGGGGCGAGAAGCACAGGCUGGAGGAGAUCUUCAUGCGUUGGGGUGCCAAGUUUUGCAUCGCGGUGCAGGAACAUCAUGCCAAGGCCGAGGGCGAUGCUUUGGCGAAGUUGCAGAAUAAAGUAAGAGCUGCUGGGUACCAUGGUAUAUGGGAGCCCGCCCUACCUGGGCAGGGAGUUGGCAGCAGAGGCGGGGUUGCGGUGCUGGCCCCGCUGCGGGUGGUCAUCACCAAACCCCCAGGCCUGGACAGUCACGUGCUGCAGGAAGGCAGGAUGAUGGCGGCCCACGUCCACGCUGGGGUGAAGGGCGGCUUCGUCAUGCUGUCGUGCUAUUUCAUUGUGGACGUCAAGCUGUCGCCCGAGAACCUGGCCAUGCUGUACAAGCUGUACCAGUAUGUCAGGUCGCUGGAGGCCAUGGGCGUUCCGUGGAUCGUAGGAGGCGACUUCAACAUGGAGGUAGGCGAGCUCGGCCCGUUGUCCUGGCUCCAGUCGGCCAAUGGCGUGGUGCUGGCGCCGAGAGAGCCGACUUGUCUUCAGAGCCUUCCUGGCCGCACCAUUGACAUGUUCAUGGUUUCUUGCCGUUUGCUGCCUCGCGUUCGGCAACCAAUGGUCGUCGACGCGGAGACGUGGCCGCAUCUACCAGUGACCAUGGAGCUCUCCGCCACGGCUUUUGACGCGAAGGUCAGGAGGCUUGUCGAGCCACGCGGCUUUCGGAGGCCGCCUGCGGCGGGGUGCGCGAGGUUCCCCCCCGACUGGGACCCGACCUUGGCGAUCAUCCAGAGCGCGUCGCACAGCGAGGGCAUCACCAGGGCCUGGGACGUCGUGCUCAGCGGCAUCGAGUUCGAGCUGCGGGGCCGCUACGACGUCGUGAAGGACGUGGCGGGGUACUCCACGGUGCCAGGCCCCCCGACCUUCGAGCUGGCGAGUUUUCACCCUGUCGUGAAAGGUGCCUGGAGCAGGAGGUCGGCGGACACCCAGGCCUGGGCGCAGGCUGCGCGCUGGGCUCGUCACCUCAGGAGGGUUCGAGUGGCCUUGCAGAGCUUCGUGCUCCAGCUACGCCCGCAGCAGGUCUUCGAGCUCGGCAGCGUCGGCGAGGCGCACGUCGACGGUGUGCCUGGCCUGGGCGAUGGGGCACCCCCUGCUGCGGAGGACCUAUCGUGGGACGCCGUGCACUCCAAGGCGGCGCGCCACCUGCUGGAGUGCGAGAAUUUCUUCCGGAGAAUCUGGCGGAGGAAGGGAGUCUGGCCGCACCUGGACGCCGAAGCCGUCGGCUUCUUCUCGCGUGGCAUACUUGCCUUAGCGCAGGCAGACUUCGAGCAGCAGGUCGACCGCAUCCUGAGUAUCUCCUCCGAUGCUGAGGCCAAGCAUGAGAAGGCCGUGAUGCAGAGCUGGAGGCAGUGGGCGCAGGCAGCUUUUGCGGCUGGAGCCAAGGGAGCUCACCGAUUCAUGAAGCCCAAG